CGUGGUGUUUGACUCCCUCUGGGUGACAGGUCAGGUGCUGUGAGAGGAGCCGUCAUGUCGCUGCAGUUUACAGAUGAGGAAUUUCAGAGCGCCUGGAGGGAGCUGGAUGAGCCGCAGCUGGAGGGAGGAUGGGAGCUCUUCACCGAGACCAUGGGAGUGAAAAUCUACCGGCUCUAUGACAAGGAAACUGGACUUUAUGAGUAUAAAAUCUUGGGUGUGCUCUCCACCUGCACUCCAGAGCUGUGUGCAGAUGUCUACAUGGACUUGGCCUAUCGGAAAGACUGGGAUACAUACGUGAAAGAGCUUUAUGAAAAGGACUUUGGUGGACACACUGCAAUCUACUGGGAAGUAAAAUACCCAUUUCCUCUGUCAAACAGAGAUUAUGUGUACAUUAGGGAGCGGAGAGACCUGGAUGUGGACGGCAGGAAGAUCUGGGUGAUCCUGGCAAAAAGUGCGGCAGAGGUGCCAUGUGAAGAAAAGGGUAGCGUGCUGCGGGUCAAAGACUACAAGCAGAGUGUCGCCAUGGAGAGCGAUGGAGGGUGUGGAACUAAAGUUUUCAUGAAUUACUUUGACAAUCCCGGUGGCAUGAUUCCGACGUGGCUGGUGAACUGGGCAGCUAAGAAAGGGGUUCCAGGUUUCUUAACAGACAUGCAGGAGGCCUGCAGCAAUUACAGCAACUACUGCCAGAAGAAAUGAACGCAGCUGACGGGACAAUGGCUCACGCACAAGGGCUCAAUUUCAUUUUUCUUGUUUUAAUCUUGGGAGGUAUUCUGAAGCCGAAUGAUUAAAUAUGACUUGCCUGUACAGGAUGAAUGUGGCACGGUGCGGGCUGCUACUUGUCGUCGUAGCAUGCUGUUGACUCAGGCAUGAUGUGCAUGACCGGCCACCCUCAUUAUCAGGCUGGUGUCAACUCAAUUCUGUGUCACUGUACUGUAUUAAUCAAUACUCUAUUGUCUUUCUGUGCAAUCACUCUAAGCUCCAGUCCCCCCAGGAUUUAGGAGCUUUCAUAGGAUAUUUAAGCUUUUUUAAUAUUUAUACAAAACACUCCGUUGUUUUAUUACUUUGGGAUCUCUGUGGGUGGUUUGUUCAAACUGCUUGUUGCACAGGAUGUCAUCACUUUAUUUGGUUUUAAAUAUGUUUGGCGUACAUGUGAAAUGUGACGGAUGCAAUGUAACUUGAUUUAUUGUGCUGUAUGUUUGGUCACACUGGAAUCUUCCUACUGUCCAUUGCAAUUCACUGGACUUCAUACAUUAGUUUUAAUGAAGUGAAAAAGACAAAUUGGGCUUUUUGUGAUUCAUUUCUAUGAGUUCUUUACUUAUGCAAUGUUCACGUUCUGAUACUCUGUGCUGAUUCAUUAUGGGUGCAUAUGGUCACAGAUACAGUAUCUGAGAUAAUACUGUAUUGAUUUAGGCUGUACUUCAGUGCUCCUGUUGAUACAGGUGAAUAUGGGUUAAUCUGGUCAUGAAAAGCCUAUUACUGUGUAAUAUUGCAGUGUUAUUAACAUGAAUAAACUUUCAUUUUAAAUUUUA